AGAAUCCCGCUUUGUUUUUCUCCAUUCCACCUACACAAAUGUUGCGACUCGGCAGUUUGCACCUUUUAAGAGGUGCCAAUGUGGCGGUCAAGCCCAUGGUGCUUCGGUCGAUUCAACCAGUCAAUGCAAGACCCUCAAUGCUGUCUAACCUGAACUGCGUUCGCAACUUUGCUAGCAAGAAGCCCAAGGCCAUUAAGCCGGUCAUGCAACACACUUCUUCUCCUCUCGGUGUUUCUGCUGACGGCGUUGCAGCUGACGGAGCAUUGAAGCGAAAGGCAGCACCCUCCGCUUUCCCUUCACAGCAAUUCAAAACUUAUAAACCAACCACACCCGGUAAACGUUGGCUCAAACGAGUGCCUCGCGACCAUUUAUACAAAGGCAAGGCUGUCCGCAACUUGACCAUCGCUAAGCGAAGUACUGGUGGUCGUAACAACCACGGUCGCAUCACCAUUCGUCAUCGUGGUGGUGGUCACAAGCGUCGUGUUCGUAUAAUUGACUGGCACCGAGCGGAAACUGGUGUUCAAGAAGUCAUGAGAUUAGAGCACGAUCCUGGCCGCAGCGCAUGGAUUGCGUUGUUGAGACACGAAGAAACUGGAAGUCUUAGCUACAUUGUUGCUCCACAUGGUGUCAAGGCUGGUGAUAAGGUCGCCAGCUAUCGUAACUCUGACGACGCCAAGGUUACCCCAUCUUCUGAUAGUGUUGAUGCCAUCACCCGAACCGUUUCAAUUGAAAAGGGAAAUUGUAUGCCUGUCAAGAUGAUCCCUGUCGGUACGAUUAUUCACAACAUUGGCUUGCGCCGCAACGGUCCAGCCAUCAUUGCCCGCUCUGCUGGUACAUACGCACAACUGAUUCAAACCGGCGAAACUGGUUACGCACAGGUACGAUUGUCUAGUGGAGAAGUUCGUCGUGUGCCUGUUGAUGUAUGCGCUACGAUUGGUUCGGUGUCCAACCCAGAUCAUCAGCACGAAAUGCUUGGUAAGGCUGGACGAUCAAGAUGGCUUGGUAUUCGCCCUACAGUUCGUGGUGUAGCUCAAAACGCAACAGACCAUCCUCAUGGUGGUGGUAGAGGAAAAUCUAAGGGUAACAAGGAUCCGCGAUCACCUUGGGGUGUCCUUGCCAAGGGUGGUAAGACUCGCAAGUCACCCAAUCCCUUCGUGGUCAAGCCGCGACCUAGAAGAUAGAAAAACAAAACAAAAGAAGGGUCUGCCCGUAACUUUUUCCUCGAACACCAUGGCUUUCUGGAUAAACCGCUUCUUUGUAUUUGACGAUCCAUUUUAGACGCAUCCUUUUUUUCUCCCUUUUUUUUUUUCCCUCUCUUAUACUGUAAUCCUGUGUACAAAUUCCCUGGCGAAAUCAAUAAAAAAAAAAUAGAAGUGGGCUUUUCCAUAAA